ACAGAAAUACUUCUUGAUACAACUCAGGAAACCUCUGAGAUUGGUUGGUCCACCUACCCCGAGGGAGGGUGGGAUGAAGUCAGUGUUUUGGACGGGAACCGACGGCUCUUGCGAACUUACGAAGUAUGUAAUUCAUAUGGGCAGCUCUCUAACCGGACUAAUUGGCUCCGGACCGGCUACAUUCCAAGUCAAAGCGCCCAGAGGGUGUUUACUAAAUUGCGCUUUUCUGUACGGGACUGCGCUAGCCUUCGGCCACCACCGAGGAGACGCCACCUGGCUUGCCGAGAGACAUUUACGCUUUAUUAUCGCCAGGUGGACAGACCGAUGGAACCAGAAGAACUGGGGUGGACUGAGGAUUCAUGGGUUAAGGUGGAUACUAUAGGACCAGGCAAAACGUUCACAAGGGAUCCAGCAAAAGGAGGGCAGGGCCCUCGGAUGGACGAAAGAACUUUAGACUUCGGGCCGGUGAACAAGAAUGGAUUCUACAUGGCGUUUGUGGACUCGGGUGCUUGUCUCUCGUUGGCCGGGGUGAAAGUGUAUUUCUAUAAGUGUCCGGCCGAGGUGAGGAGCCUGGCCUAUUUCCCAGAGACUCCUUCGAGCGGGGAAGGAGCAGCAUCUUUGGCGGAAGCCACCGGGAGCUGUGUUGAAGGCGCCCAACCACAGGGCACAACUCGCCUUAGUCUACACUGUGGCGGGGAGGGAGAAUGGAUGGUCUCCAGUGGAAGCUGCACCUGCAAUCCAGGAAGAGAAGAAAAUGAAGAUGGAACUGAGUGUCGAGUGUGUCCUCCUGGUACCUACAAUUCCCCUGAACCAUCGACCACUCACUGUCAUCCAUGUCCUAGCAACAGCAACACAACGACCCCCGGGGCACUUAGCUGCGUCUGUAACAAGGGAUUUUACCGCAUGCCCGAGGAGCCCCCAGAAUCUCCGUGCACCGGGUCCCCUUCGGCUCCAUGGGAUCUAAAUUACGAAGUAACCGGCCCAGGAGCCGUGUCUCUCACAUGGAGGACACCAAAAGACCUGGGAGGCCGGAAAGAAGUCAUGUACUCGGUGGCAUGCAAGGAAUGCGUGGUCGGACGGUGUCUGCGCUGCGCCGACGGAGUGACGUUCAGGCCGGGCCAAGUCGGGAUCACUCAGACCCGAGUCCAUCUCUCAGGGUUACUGCCGGGGGUGGUGUAUACGGUGGAGGUUCAAGCCAUCAACCGGGUGUCCGAGAUGAGUCCGGAGCAGCCCAAGCACGCCUCGCUCAACCUCAGUAUCAGUCAGUCCGUCCCGUCUGCUGUUCCCAUCAUACACCAGGUCAGCCGCUCCGCGCAGAGCAUCACGCUAUCGUGGCCGGAGCCGGAACAACCCAACGGGAAGAUCCUGGAUUACCAGCUGAGAUACCGGGAGAAGGCAGACGAGGGAGAGUCGCUCUUUCUGAUAAGCGAAAUUAACACUGCAACAGUUGGCGGUCUGAACCCCGGGGCGAUUUAUUCCUUCCAGGUGAGAGCGAGAACCGAGCGGGGCUACGGAGCCUUCAGCGGGAACAUGUAUUUCCAAACAUCGCUGGGAGGUGGGGAGACAACGGAGCGGUCCCAGGAUAAGCUGUCCCUCAUUGUCGGCUCCUGUCUCGGUGCCUUGGCCUUCGCAGGGAUAUCCAUUAUACUCGUCCUAAUCCUCCUUUUCAAAAGCAAAAGACGAGAGACCCCCUAUACAGACAGACUCCAGCAUUAUAUAGCGUCCCGCGGCUUAGGGGUGAAAUAUUACAUCGACCCCUCCACGUAUGAGGACCCCACGGAGGCUUUGCGGGAGUUCGCUCGCGAAAUUGACGUCUCGUUUGUCAAGAUCGAGGAAGUGACCGGCGCAGGAGAGUACGGAGAUAUUUGUCGGGGUCGUCUCUGCCUUCCGGGUAAAAGAGAGACGACGGUGUGUAUCCGUACCCUGCGCUCUGGGAGUGGAGAUAAAGAGAGGGCAGAGUUCCUGAGCGAGGCCAGCAUCAUGGGGCAAUUCGAACACCCAAACGUUGUCCGGUUGGAAGGAGCUGUGACCCGGAGUCGCCCCAUCAUGAUUCUCACUGAACACAUGGAACACGGAGAACUUGAUGCCUACCUACGGCAAUAUGAGGGUGGCCUCUCGGCUCUACAGAUGGUCUCCAUGCUACGAGGGGUAGCGUCCGGGAUGCGGUAUCUGUCAGAGAGGAGUUAUAUCCAUCGCUGCCUCGCGGCCCGUAACGUCUUGGUGAAUGGGCAGUUGGUGUGCAAAGUAUCCGGACUUCAUGGACCCGGAGAGGGGGGGAAAUUGUCCUUGCGCUGGAUGUCUCCAGAGGCUCAUCAACAACGCAAGUUCUCAAGCGCGAGCGACGUGUGGAGUUACGGCAUAGUCAUGUGGGAAGUGACAUCAUACGGAGAGCGACCUUAUUGGGACAUGAGCAACCAAGAGGUUUUGGACGCUCUGGAACAGGAUUACCGCCUCCCGCCUCCUCCAGAUUGCCCCAGCGCCCUACACUUGCUAAUGUUAGACUGCUGGGCGCGUGAACGCUCCCAGCGGCCACGUUUUGAACAGAUCGUCAGCUCCUUGGAUCGAAUGAUCCGGAACCCGAACUGUCUAAAAACAGUGGGCGUCUCAAGUACCAGGCCAUCGCAGCCAUUGCUCAGCAACUGUCCCCCCGAUCUCCCGUCUCUCUCCUCACCCCACGAAUGGCUGGAAGCGAUCAAGAUGGAGCAAUAUAAGGAGAACUUCGACAAGGCUGGAUACACAAGUCUGGAAAUCAUUUCACGUCUGACCGCAGAAGACAUCCAACUUAUUGGGGUCACGCUUUCUGGUCACCAGAAGAAAAUCAUGAGCAACAUCCAGCUCUUGAAAGCUCAUCUUCAGCCCUUGGAACCCGUGGAAGUUUGAAGGACCAAAUGAGCAGAUGAAAAGACGUUCACGAAUACGUCAGUGCCGUUUAGGAGACAUGGACCCACACGAGAACAUCGCCAUCAGGAUACAUUGUAGCAUAAUGGCAGCUGGAGGCAGACCAGUAUCUGGAUACAGUUUCAAGCUUAUUGUCACAAAGAUAAAUAUGUGGACACAAUUCGGGUCACAUCAAGAGAAGGGUUGUCUUUAAUGAUAAUGGGGCAGGGGGCAAGCCUCCUCGGGUAGGCAGCUACCAUGAGCCCGGUCAUGCCUGCCGCCAGAGGCUCAAUCUGAUGAUUCCUCGGCUUUCAUCCGCUGUGGACCCCCUGAGGACAGCUGCCCCGUUUUGUUUCGCAUUAAAAACAGCCCUGAUAAUAGGUGGUUCUGGUAAAAAGUGGUCGUAUCGCCGUAGAAAACCAGCGGAAUGUUAGACCAGAUUAUGAGGUAAUUAGAGACAGAAUAUAGAUUAGGAAAUUCUAAAUUGUUAAAUGUGAUACACUGAAGAAGAAUAUUUUACUUUGUACCCCAGUAUUUCUAGGACAACAAUAAGGAGAUAUUGGGGGGGGGGUUAUCAAUACGAAGUGGUUCCGUCGCAAUGUUUUAAAAGUUCUACUACCAUCGUGUCCACCGGAAUGUUUGGACCAUACCAUUGUGCUUUCAUCACACUACUUCGACAUAACAACGGCCUUUGGGUGAGAUCAGGUCAGGAAUCGGAAUAAUUCAGCAAGAUUCCGGAUUCAGAACCCAAAUAUAUCACGGGAGAAUUUCUAUUUCUAUUAAAGUUCAGUUAUGUUGUGUUUUUCAUACGUUCUCUUACUCAGCACAUGGGACAAUUGUGAAACGUUUUGUAUUUAAGAACAUUGUCUUCUCAUUGUAAACGUAUCACCUCCUUAUACGCGUUGAUGUGAAUUACAAUUCUCGUCGGAUGGAGUAAUAUCGCAGCGGGUGUAGAUUUAAGAGACCGUGUAAUAAAUAUA